UAUUCGGCGAUCCUCUCUGCUUCUUCUUUUCAAUGUAAUUGACUGUGAUUUCGAUUUUUGACGGAGCGCUCGGUUCUCGUCCAGCAAGGUUUAAUUUAGGGUUUUCAACUCUUGUUUCGUUCGCCUGUUUCCAAGACAAUUUGCGUGGAAGAAGAGCAGGUCAGACAUGAAGCGGAAGCGUGGGCACAAGAACAAGAAAGGAAAGCCUAAAGGUCCUUCUGUGCCGGUUGUUGUUGUAAAUUUGGAGGAGAACGAAAAUUUGGAUGAGUCUGGCGGCGGCGGUGGCGAUAACGAUGAUAAUAUAGAUGAUUCUGGAAUGGAGGUUGAUACCCCUUCGUCAACCGGGACGGAUCAGCAGCAGCAACAACAGCACCAGCAUUACAAUGUUGCCAAUAUUAAUCCCGAUGGUUCGAUUGGUAGGGGGGGUGGGAAAUCAGUGGGGAGAGUUAAAGUGAAGCUUGUGACUCCCAAAACAAAGGAAUCUCAGCUCACUUCUUCUGAGGCAUACACACUAAGUGAUACAGAUAAGAGUAGUCAACAAAUGGGUUUGGAAAGACAAGGUGUGCUGUCUGAGAAAAUGGAGGAUAGUGCAAAUUCAUUGUCUAAAAUGAAAUCUGGCAAUGUUUCAAAGAAAGCUGGGAGUAUAAAGAUUAAACCAUCCAAGUCACUGGGGUCAAGUAUUAGCCAUAGUGAUCCUGUACCCGCACGGAGUGAGAGUCCGCAUGAAAAAGAACUGCACAGGCCUCAUCUGGAAUCUCGAUACAAUAAGCAAGAGUUAGAUACUUCACUCACGGUUAUAAAGAAGGUAAUGAAAAUGGAUGCUGCUGAACCUUUUAAUGUCCCUGUCAAUCCUGAAGCUUUAGGAAUACCUGAUUAUUUUGAUGUGAUAGAUACACCAAUGGACUUGGGAACAAUUUGCAGCAACCUUGAACUGGGUAUUAAAUAUAGAAAUUCUGAGGACGUAUACAAAGAUGUUCAGUAUAUUUGGGACAACUGUUAUAAGUAUAACAAUAAGGGCGACUACAUUUUGGAUCUUAUGAGGCGGGUGAAGAAGAAUUUUGCAAAGUAUUGGACAGCAGCUGGGUUAUAUAGUGGACAGUCGACGGGAACUAGUGGUGUUGAAAGCAGUCAAGAGAAUAUCUCACCAUCUGAUCAAGGGAAAGUACAUAUGAAAGGUGGCCAAAUAAAACAGAAGACACGAAAGGGUCAUGGAAGGCGUCACAAAUCCGACUGCUUAUGUGCUAUUUGUGUUCUAAAACGCCGUAGAAGGGAGCGUGAGGAGAAUGCUCAUAUUGUUAAAAGCCCACUUGGAGCUAGUGAUAAUAAUCUUUCCCAGGAGUUCAGGCAAGAGGAAUCUUCACAUGCGGAGAGUCCUUCUGGUGAAAAUUCAUCUUCGGAUAUGGAUGGAUCAUUGGACCCGAAUGCAGAUGCUACGGUGGAAGAAACAGAAGAGGUGAAAAUGGGGGUAUCCAAGCAGCAGUUUGAUUGCCCAUCAAGGGAGAAGCAGGAGGAGGAGGAGGAUGACGAUGAAGAGGAUGAGGAGGAAGAGAGUGAGAUGGAGAUGAAAGAUGAAGGUAAUGGUGAGGGACUACAGCAGCUUGACAAAUCAAGAGAGGAGCCUAAUGAACAAUUGCAACCAAUGAUAACUGAAAAGCUUGAUGCUGCGAUGCAAACUGAUAAGCAUGAAGGAGCAAUUGAAGCAGAUAAUAAAGAGAAGGAAGCGCAAGAAAUACAUAAGAAAGUAAAGGCAUCUGAAAACUUGCAAUUUGAAAAUCCCAUGCUUGUGGAUCUAUGCGGGAUUCUCUUCCCCAAGAAUAGCAAGUCUAUCUGGAGUGGACCUCAUUCACUUGUUCAGCAUCGCACUUCUCAUACUAGCUCAAUUCAUGCAGUUAUUAACAUGCUUAUGAAGUAGGUGAUAUUUUAAGAGAUCUUCUGUAAUUUUAAUUAUAUUUGGAAUGAGAGAUUUAUUAUAUUUUAUGUUCUGUAUGUUGAUUGAGCCACAAAUCCUACUUUUCUUUAAAUUUAA